UCAUAUCUUUCUCCUCUAGUCUUCUCAUCUUUGCGUGGUCGACCAAACCUAAAACCCCCAAAAAAGAGAAAAAUCGAAAGACCAUUCGCUCUGUUACAGAAGAAGAUGCCGACUCUCACAAAGCUUUAUUCAAUGGAAGAAGUCGCAACUCACAACAAGCAAGAUGACUGCUGGGUCGUCAUCGACGGCAAGGUCUAUGACGUAACCUCGUAUAUGGAUGAGCAUCCCGGAGGAGAUGAUGUGCUUCUUGCUGUCACCGGCAAAGAUGCAACGGAUGAUUUUGAAGACGCAGGGCAUAGUAAAGAUGCUAGGGAACUCAUGGAGAAGUAUUUUAUUGGCGAGCUAGACGAAUCUUCUUUACCGGAAAUACCUGAGCUUAAGAUCUACAAGAAGGAGCAGCCAACAGACUCUGUUCAAAAGCUUGUUGACUUGACAAAGCAGUAUUGGCUUGUUCCUGUUUCCAUUAUCACCAUCUCUGUAGCGGUUAGUGUCUUGUUCUCUCGCAAGACAUAAUAAUUACUAGUCCCUUUCUUGCCUUGAGAUGCUCUGAAAUAUUGAAUUACUGGGGAAUCAACUUUACACCCCCAUUAUAGAUUUUUGAAUAACAGCUAUGAUAGAGAUCAUUGUUAUUUUUCAUUUUCAUCAGAUUUUGAGUUGAGAUCAUGUUUCAAUACAAACAUUAAUGAUAUGAAUAUAUAUGAUUAAUGGAUGGUUUGGUUUGCUUGUAUCA